UGCUGGAGAGCCACAUGUCCACUACUGCGAGUGGCUACCGUAGCUGGUAGCUUGGACACGCUUCGCUGCAUCACGAUCUGCUUCAACUCGCGACGCAACUCGACCUCCCAGCCUCAUCGUCAUUGGGGCCCUUGCGCAAUCGGCCCUCUCUGCUCACGACAUCUACAAAGUGCCCGAUUGUCGACCACUGCAAUGUUGUCCAUGCUUCAGAACCCCCGGCAGGCCGCCGCGCAGGUCUUGAAUUUCGCCCUGAUCCUGUCUUCAGCUUUCAUGAUGUGGAAAGGUCUCUCUGUCAUUUCCGACUCGCCGUCCCCGAUCGUUGUUGUUCUGUCCGGAUCUAUGGAGCCCGCCUUCCAGCGAGGAGAUCUGCUGUUCCUGUGGAAUCGCAAUCUGUUGCAAGAUACCUCUGUCGGAGAGGUCGUCGUAUACAAUGUGAAGGAUAAGGACAUUCCCAUUGUCCACCGUGUCGUCAGGAAAUACGGAGAGGGCGAGGACGCAAAGCUUCUCACCAAGGGUGACAACAAUCCUUCCGACGAUACUGAGCUUUACGCUCGAGGCCAGGACUACUUGGUUCGCAAGGAUAUCAUUGGUAGUGUUAUUGGCUAUAUUCCUUUUGUCGGAUACGUCACAAUUCUCCUGUCAGAGCACCCAUGGCUAAAGACGGUCAUGCUGGGCGUGAUGGGAUUGUUUGCCAUCCUGCAGAGGGAG